CAAUAUCCCGGAAACCCAUAAAAGCGCACUGCUCCACAGAAUCAUCUUCUUCCUCUACUCUGCUUCUCCAUAGCGACUAGCGAGAUCCCAUUUCUAUUCCCCAUCCAAUUACAGAAAUGGGACCCAACAACAAUCCAACCACAAUAUGCCACGUGGUGGCGAUGCCUUAUCCAGGUAGGGGCCACAUCAACCCCAUGAUGAACUUCUGCAAGCUACUAGCCUCGAAGAGGGACGAAAUCUUAAUCACCUUCGUCGUGACGGAGGAGUGGCUCUGCUUCCUCAGCUCCGAGCCCAAGCCGCCGGCUAACAUCCGGUUCGCCACCAUCCCUAACGUUAUCCCGUCGGAGAUAGGUCGGGCCGCCGAUCUUCCAGGUUUCUACAGAGCUAUUCUGACCAAGAUGGAAGAGCCCUUCGAGCGUCUGCUGGAUCGUCUUGAACCGCCGAAGCCGAGCGUUAUGAUUUAUGAUAUUUACUUGACGUGGCCGGUGGGCGUCGGGAAUCGGAGGGAUAUUCCGGUGGCUUCGUUCUGGACCCAGCCGGUGUCGGUGUUCUCGGUGUGCUAUCACUUUGAUCUUCUCAAAUUCAAUGGCCAAUUCCCAAUCGAUGUUUCAGAACGAGGAAACGAGCUGGUAAACUACAUACCGGGAAUUCCACCAACACGCAUUGCGGAUCUUCCUACAGUAUUCUACGGCAACGGACUUAAACUUGUGCAUUUACCUUGUGAAGCCGUUUCGCGAGUCCCAAAAGCACAGUAUCUUCUACUCACUUCAAUCUACGAGCUCGAAUCCCAAAUCAUCGACGCCAUAAGGUCAACAAUUCCAACUCCAAUAUACUCGAUUGGUCCAUCGAUACCUUACUUCAGACUAGGAGACAAUUCCUCUCUAUCUAUCGAUUCCCAGAACGGUGAAAGCAGCUACGUGCAAUGGCUGGAUUCUCAGCCCAAAUCCUCUGUUUUGUACAUUUCUCAGGGUAGUUUCCUUUCAGUUUCCAGAACCCAAAUGGAUGAAAUCAUUGCAGGGGUGGAUAUGAGUGGCGUUCGGUUCCUGUGGGUGGCGCGUGGUGAUGCUUCACGGAUUAAAGAGGGAUGUUGUGAUUUGUCAAACAAGGGGGUGUUGGUGCCAUGGUGUGACCAAUUGAAGGUGUUGUGCCACCCUUCAGUAGGGGGGUUUUGGACUCACUGCGGGUGGAAUUCAACAAAGGAAGGUGUUUUCGCUGGAAUCCCAUUCCUCACUUAUCCAAUAAUCUGGGAUCAAGUUCCAAACUCCAAGACUUUAGUGGAAGACUGGAAGAUUGGGUGGAAAGUGAGGAGAGGAAUGGGUGAGGAAGAACACUUGGUCACAAGAGAAGAAAUUGCUGGAAUUGUGCAGAGGUUCAUGGAUUUGGAAAGCGACGAGGGGAAAGAAAUGAGGAGAAGAGCAAAAGAACUCAAGGAGAUUUGCCGAAAAGCAAUUUCCGAAGGGGGUUCCGUCGAAACUGCCAUUGAUGCUUUUAUUCAGGACAUCUCGCGACGUCGUGACCGUUAAACCAGAUUUUUACGUGGUUUGUUUUGACUGAUUGUUUGAAGCCCGAUUUUAUAAUUUGCAAGAAUCUUUGCGAAAUUUGCUAGUUCAAAAUAAGACAAGCUAUUGAUCAAAUGCUAUGUGUUAGAAUUUUUCUCU